UAGGGACAGCAGGCUCCUCUCACUGGAGAGAUUGCCUGGUCUGCUCUCACCAGAGAGACCAUCUUCUUGUCCUUGUUGUUGUUUUUGCUGUCCAGUGGACUUCUUUAGACAUUGACAGUCAUCAUGGCAGAUGAGUCGACUGAAAAGAGGCCGUCUGCUGGCUCCGCCUUUACGAGCACGAGCUCGGCUGGGGAAGGAGGAGGUUCGCCCAGCAGCUUCCUCGAGAUACCGACGGCGACCAUUGGCUCCACCUCCAUGUGGUCCUCUGUCUCUGACCUCUCCCUUCAGUCCAUCGAAGGGAGGGACAGCAGGGACCACAGCGACCCAGCCGAGGGAGAUCUGCGGAAGCCGCAGCGGGAGCACCAGUGGCCUGGCUCGCUGGCGGCAUCCCCCUACCAUCUCCCCGGACCCUUCUUUGGGCCGGUGGCCCCCAGCCAUCCCACUGCGGGCCCCAUGGCCCAAUUGUUCGACCAUCCAUAUUGGCGUGACAUGCCAAGCCCGCAGCUGCUACAGCUGCGACCUCCAGGGCCGGAAGAGCUCCCACCACUCUUGCAUAGGGUGAGGGAGGCUCCUGGCUACAGACAUGCCAUGCUUGCCCCCAUCCCUCCUGCUGAAACAACAUCUCUGGCCCAGCUUGCCCCCAUCCCUCCUGCUGCAAGAACAUCUCUGGCCCAGCCAGCCAGGGCGGACCCGGCGCGCAGGAGGAAUCUGGUCCUGCUGGCCCACCGGCUGCAAUCAGAAGGCAGCACCACCACCACUGCCGCUGGGGGGUUCCGCCCAGCCCCACCGGAUCAGCCCAGGAGCGGCAAGCCAACGGACAUUCGACGUGCGUCCAGAGGUUUGUGCUGA